GACACCUGCUCGGCUCCCUCAUGCGAGUGACACCGGGGCUCGGCGGGGAUAUUUGAGGCACCCUCCGGAGCCGCCGCCGUCACUCCGCGCUCGCCGCCGCGCCGGGCACAUGCGGUUCGCGGGGCCGCGGCGAGGAGCGCGCUGGGCCCGGGUGCGGCACCCCGCGGGGGAGGACGCGGCGGCGGCGGCGGCGGCGGCGGGGGGAAGGCGCGACCAUGUGCGCGGAGCUCCGCGGCAAGCUGCUGGCCCUGGCCCUGCUGCUCGCCAGCCCCCGGGCGGCGGCGGGCACUGAGGCCACCCACCCGCCGGAGGGGCCGCAGGACAGGACCCCGCAGCAGAAGGGGCGCCUGUCUCUGCAGAACACAGCUGAAAUCCAGCACUGCCUGGUUAAUGCUGGCGAUGUGGGAUGUGGAGUGUUUGAAUGCUUUGAAAACAAUUCUUGUGAGAUCCGAGGCUUACACGAGAUCUGCAUGACAUUCCUGCACAACGCUGGAAAAUUUGAUGCCCAGGGAAAAUCCUUCAUUAAAGACGCUCUGAAGUGUAAGGCUCAUGCCUUGAGGCAUAAAUUCAGCUGCAUCAGCCGUAAGUGCCCUGCCAUUAAAGAGAUGGUGUUCCAGUUGCAGCGGGAGUGCUACCUGAAGCAUGACCUCUGCUCCGCUGCCAAGGAGAACGUCCAGGUCAUUGUGGAGAUGAUUCACUUCAAAGACCUGCUGCAGCAUGAGCCAUAUGUUGACCUAGUGAAUAUCCUGCUCACCUGUGGCGAGGAGGUGAAAAAGGCAAUAACAAGAAGCGUCCAGGCCCAGUGCGAACAGAACUGGGGAAGUCUCUGCUCCAUUCUGAGCUUCUGCACCUCGGCCGUGCACGGUGACACCAUCCUGGGUCCCGAGAAGAAGCCAGGUGAAGCCAGCAAGGCUGCUGCUGGCCGCGGGGACAUGCUGGCCCACUCCGACUCCGACCACAGGGAGAGCUCGCGAGCAUCUAAGGGAGAGAGAGGUACCAAGGGCCACUUGAACGCCCAUGCCCGGGUGAAAGCUGGGGGCCACGGUCCCAAAGGGGCACAUGGGAUCAUGGACCGGGCAGACGAACUGUCCGACUUCUCUGACAUCCGGAGGUGAAAAAAGGCACCGACUUCCCCGUUCCCCCCAUCCUCCCCCUCCACUGGAAGCCGCCUCCGUUGAGUCCCAUCUUCCCGUCUAUGGACAUUCCAAAGCAUUUCCCAUUCAGAGGUCAAGCACAGGGCAUUGCAAGAUAUAUAUGGACCUCAGCAACAGUGUACAUAGUAGCAAAGGGAGAGCAGUGGCAAUGGGUUAUCAAUCCAGCAAACUCGACACUUGAGCAGCCACCAAAUGUGGCAAAAUAUCUCCAACUAAAUUCUUUUCCCCUUUUUUAUGGAACGGACGUCAGUUGAAAUUUAGGAUCUUGUUUGGGGAUUGUUGGGUUGUUUUGGGGGUUUGUUUUUUUCUCUUGGUCCCCUUGGCUGGGGAGAAGGUUCCAAGAGGGCUCUGCCAGAUUGCAUGUGGCCGCUUGUGGCUUAGCACCUCCGCAGGUUUAGGGCGCAGCCUUACAGCAGAUGGCUGAAUUCCAGGGGGAUUUGGUUUCUGCCUGUGGCUGAGAACACAAGAGCUCAAGGCUCUCUAUGUGACACUCUAUAAUGAAAUAGCUACCCCGUCUCUCGCACAGGAACUGUGCAGUCUGGAGCUCCACCGCUUUCUCUUAACUAACUUCUGAGCCAUUGUUCCCAUCCGGGUGAUGCUGCCUAGUUUAAGUGCCCCCUGUUCGUUUUUUAACCACUGCAUAACUUGACACUUGCUAAUCCAGUCACUCCAGCAUAUCGAAGGCGAGUCGUCAGCUUCCGGACAAGGCAAUGCGACUGUUAAGACUUGCACAGUAUGGAGGACCCCCAAGAGUAUGCUCGUGGACCUCUAAAAACCCUGUGCAUAUUCUCUGCUUACACCUGCCCACUCAGUGACAGAGGUCCUCCAGCCCUACGGACAGCCCAAGGUUAAAGGAUGGGCAUAGGCUCAGACAGCGAAGGACCCCAUAUACUUAGUUCUUCUGCAGGGCUGUGUUGAAGGCCCAUCAGAAAUCUGUCUCUCCUUAGCAGUAGCAUGGUGCGGUUUGCUGGGAUGUGGAGCCCCACUCUAACCUGCCUAUCAGCUGUGGUUUAUCCAAAUGCCAAAGAUAAGGAGAGGGGGUUGACUUGGGUUUUUUUAAUUGUCAUGCAGAUAAUGACCACCAAUCUCUGCAGAAUGAGUUACUAAAGAUGAAGAGUGUCAAGAGCUUAUUGUCUCUAAGCGGUUUAAGUGUGAGUGAGGUGUUUGGACACAUCUCUCCUACCCCCUAUGCAAUUGUAAUUCUCAGGUUGCAGAUCUGCAAUCCUAUAUCCCCAGAUACUGUACUGGAAAUGGAGGUUACAGCAUCCAUGGGGACAGAAGGGUGAGCUCUUCAGCUUCCUCUAAAGAAAAAGCGAGUUUUCUUAGAAAGUGGGAAUCACACCAGGGAUUUGAGCCUUCUCAUUUAGAAAGUUUGGGAGGAAAGCUGUGGGGGCAGGAAGGCAGUUCGGUGGAGACAGAACGUACCCGGUGAACUAACGUACGUCUUGUCGCAUGGUGGGAAGGAGCUGUAUAAACAGUAGAGGGUGUUGGAAUUUGGCUACAAUUUCCAACUCAGAUUUUAGUUACUGCUAAGUGAACACAGCUCCUAAUAGCUAUAUUCAGGGUUUAAUGCAUGUAUCCACCCGCAGAAGUUAUAGGCAUUGCUUUUAAUAGAAGCCAUGUAGGAAGCAAGAGAGGACCGUUACGUUGAAAAAGUGUGUCUCUUAUGUGAUCACCAGGUCUUUGUUUAAAGACAUGACCUUGAUCCUGCCUGAUUUUAGCUAAGUUCUGUGACAGACUUUUCAUUUGACUUAAUUGGGAAGAGGUGGGAUCGGGCCAGGUACUGUAGCAGCAAAGACCAUGCUGACCUGAGGAGCGGAGCUCUGGCAGUGAGAGUGCCAGCUGCCCCGUUGGGUUGUAGUGAAGCUGUCCCACGGAUGGGGCACCCAGGCUGUCCCACGGAGGAGCUUGCCAAGGUUGGGUCAGGCCUGCCUCUGAUGGCCAACUCCUCUGCUCCAAAACCAAGUGGCCGCUGGUGGGACCAUAAGAAGGUUUCUAGCAUGCCUCCAUGGGUUCCUGUGAGCGUCCUCUCCCCCUUGGUGACUUAUAGCCACCAUGAAGAACAAGCUCAAACCAAAAAGACAAUCCAAGCGUUUUAGCAAAAAAAAAAAAAAAACCACCAAACGCAAAACAGAGACAACAACUCGCUACCAAUGUAAUGUUCUUGCAUUGAACUAAAAUAAGAUCCCUCUCUCAUUAGAGGUCUGAUUCAUCAAUGGGAACCAAACAUAUAGAUCUACAUCUUUGAAUGUCUCAGUCAACAUAUCACCUCAGCAUGCAUACAGUUUUAUUUGUAUUCAUUCGUUCUGUGGGGGAAAUUGUAUAUUCCCCUUGUUUAGUCAAUGAAAAUUUGGGGGGGGGGGGGGGGCAAGCUGUGGGGUGGGAGGGAUUUUUGUAUAAGGCAUAACUUUUUUUUCCUCUGUGUGUGAAGAUUUUAUGUGUUCAUCUACUGAUUCCACAUAUGCUAUUAUUGUAAAUAUUUAACAUUUCUAUUUAUUAUAGUGUCUCCAUUUAAAAAAGAACACUGCUGGCUAUGAUAAUUUAAACGUACGUCAUGACCUGUGUUGUAUAUAUUCAUGCCACUAGUAUGUUUUUUUAUGUUUAAAGCUGCAUAAAUAUAGUUUUAUACAGUUCCAUAAUGUUAUUGACAGCAUAAAUCAUUUAUUUAUUGUUAAACCUUCUUUCAUAUCUAACAAAUAGGGUGCGUUUUACCUGAGAUUAUUUUAUUGCGACAUCUACAUAGCCUUAAUUCUUUAUAAAAAAGAAAAAAAUUGUCCAUUUAGAUACUGUAUGAUGCUUUAAUUCACAUUCCUUAUGAACUUGCUGUUCAUGAAGGAGGUUUAGCUUAAAAGCCAAGGUAUGAAUGUUUCCUUUACGCUUUGCAUCUGGAAUGAGUCUUGUUCUGGAAUGAAAAUACUGGGAAAAGCAAAAUGCCUACUGGAAAAGAUAGCAGUAAACCCUGGAAAAUGCUGUCCUAACUUAAAGUGCUGAACUAAAAGGAAAAAAAGAAAAGCUAAAAAAAAAAGACAAACUGUCCUUAAUUCCAAAUCUCUGGGAGAAAAACAUACUAGUUUUAUCUCAUGUAGGAUUUGCAGCCAAAUAAGCUUGUAAAAAAAGAAAAUGCAUAUGGCUUUAGACAAAGCUCUGUACCUUUCACACUAUUAUUUUCCUUAAACACUAAUAAAUGUUUUGAAUAA